UUGAUGAGCACGUGAUCAACGCGGAACAACUUCAUUGAAACAGGAUUUUGCCAUAAAGCCGGAUGCUCGACGUGUAGAAGAACUUUCCCAGGAACAUUAUAGUUUUUAUAUGGCGGGGGCUGUUGGACGGACGUGUGUGCUGGUGACGGGGGGCACAGGCCUGGUGGGCCGAGCGAUAGAGCGCGUGGUGAAGGAGGAGGGAGGGGCGAGAGAGGGAGAAGAGUGGAUUUUCCUCUCCUCUAAAGAUGCCGAUCUCACGGACCCUGAAGCCACCAAGGCCAUCUUCCAGAAGCUCCGCCCAACCCACGUCAUCCACCUGGCAGCCAUGGUGGGCGGACUGUUCCGGAACAUGAAACUCAACCUUGACUUCUGGAGGUGUAAUGUCUUCAUCAACGAUAACGUCCUUCAGGCCGCUCAUGACGUUGGAGUGGUGAAGGUCAUUUCCUGCCUCUCCACCUGCAUCUUUCCAGACAAAACCAGCUACCCCAUCAACGAAACCAUGAUCCAUAAUGGUCCUCCUCACGACUCCAACUUUGGCUACUCGUACGCAAAGCGAAUGAUUGAUGUCCAAAACAGGGGCUAUUUUCAGCAGCAUGGCCGGCGGUACACAGCCGCCAUCCCCACUAAUGUGUUUGGGCCCCACGACAACUUCAACAUUGAGGAUGGUCACGUGCUCCCCGGACUCAUACACAAGGCGUACACGGCUCAGAAGGAAGGCACCCCUCUGACGGUGUGGGGGUCUGGUAAGCCACGGCGGCAGUUCAUCUACUCGCUGGAUCUGGCACGGCUCUUCCUGUGGGUGCUGAGGGAGUACGACGAGGUGGAGCCCAUCAUCCUCUCAGUGGGAGAGGAGGAUGAGCUGUCCAUCAAAGAGGCGGCACAAGGAGUGGUGGACGCCCUUCAGUUCAAAGGGGAAGUCAUCUACGACAGCAGUAAAGCGGAUGGGCAGUUCAAGAAGACGGCCAGUAAUGUCAAACUACGGCGCUACCUGCCUGACUUCAAGUUCACCCCUUUCAACACGGCCAUCAAAGAGACCUGUGAUUGGUUUGUGGCUAACUAUGACACUGCGAGGAAAUGAAGAUUCUCCCUGCCGAUUGCCUCUUUGUGAGCUGCAGAAUGAAGUGUGUUCCGGAAUGCAUCAAACUGAAGGCCGGUGAAAUGAUUACGAUUUCACAGAAAGACGAGGCCCAAGAACUGUGAUUGGUUUAACUAAUCCAAUGGGCGGGACUGAACGAAUGCACAACUGUGAUUGGUUUAUGAAUGCACAGGACCCAGCUGCGCUUUUCAAAAAGGCUAUGAUCUCACAACUUUGAUUCUUUUUUUUAUUCUUUUUUUUGUAUGAUUAUGGGACAAUAAUAUGGGAUAAUAAUCCAUGAUUAUGGGACUCGGACAAAUAAAUGACCAGACUACAGGAUAUUAGAUUAAGCAAAGCUAAGUUACAUGUAUAUUUUGUACUGUUAUGUUGGGGGGUGAUAAGGACUGCUACUGAUUGCUGUGAUUUCUCCUUCUUUUUUUACUCUGAAAUACAAUCACGACAGACACGGAUUGCUUGGAAUGUCUUCUCUUAAAAUGUAUUUUGUUUUGUUUUAAAUGCAGUGUUGUUUCUGUGUAUUCCACUCCUCACUGUCUGAACUGUUACAUUGAGCACACAAUGAAAAGAAAAACGUCUUGUUUAUUUACGCAGAGUACUUUAUAAGUUAUAUGGCUUUCUUUUGUAUUCAUGAUUAAUGGGAGUAAUAAAAAAUUAUCUAUACUGUG